AGCAAGCAGCCAAAUAAUAUGUCUUUUUACCUAUGUUUUCACAUGUAAUUAUAAACACACUCACGAAAACAAAUAGAAAAAAAGAACUCAAUUUCUCUUUGUGUUUUUUGGCUCUCUUUUAAUUUCUUUUUAGCUUUGCUCUGCUUUUUAAUUCAUGUAUGGCUUAUUCAUAUGAUGAAGAGUGUGAUUACCUGUUCAAAGCUGUGUUGAUCGGUGAUUCCGCGGUCGGGAAAUCGAACCUUCUCUCGCGGUUCGCUACUGAUGAGUUCCGGUUGGAUUCGAAGCCGACGAUCGGAGUUGAAUUUGCUUACCGGCAUGUUAAGAUCGGCGAUAAGGUUAUCAAGGCUCAAAUAUGGGAUACCGCCGGCCAAGAAAGAUUCAGAGCAAUUACAAGUUCAUACUAUCGAGGAGCAUUAGGUGCAGUGCUAGUGUACGACAUAACCCGAAGAACAACCUUCGAGAACGUGAAGAAAUGGAUGCACGAGCUAAGAGAGUUCGGUAAUUCGGAUAUCGUAGUCGUUCUUGUUGGAAACAAAUCUGAUCUCACCCAAUUCCGGCAAGUCAGCGAAGAAGAAGGAAGGAAUCUAGCAGAGUCCCACGGUUUGUUUUUCAUGGAAACAUCAGCUCUGCAAAAUUUGAACGUGGAAGAAGCAUUUUUACGAAUGAUCACAAAAAUUCAUGAAAUCACGAGUAAAAAAUAUUUAGAUUCUAAAUUAAAUGAUAAUAUUGGUAGUCUUAAAGGUGGAAAAGAAAUAAUCAGCCUUGAUGAAGUUACUGCAACGAAACAGUCAAAUAAUUGUUGCUACUAGUUUUUAGAUAUUUUUAUUUGCAAUUUA